GCUCUUGAAGAUGAAGGCGCCUUCGCAACGCAGCUCUGCAUCCCGACACUCCGCCAUCGUGGCCGGCUGGGAAAAGGCACGCCAAUGCCCGGGAAAAGCAGUCGCGGCUGGAAAGCAUCUUUCCGGACAGUGGCAGUAGCAGGUCCCGCUGUUGCCAUGAGCUGCUCAGAUGUGGCGAGCCACCACCCGCCCCAGUUGAAGCUGCCCAGUGCGGUGACGGCAGCAGCCUGUCCCGCGGCUCCUGGCCCCUUUCCUGCGCUGCCUCUCACGCAGAGCCAACAGACUAAGUUUGCUGUACAUAGCAAGAUGCAGGAAUCUCUGGAAGCAGCCUUUUCUAACAAACAAGAAGAAGAUGAGAAAGACCAACCUGCUGAGAUGGAAUACCUUAACUCACGCUGCGUCCUUUUCACUUACUACCAGGGAGACAUUGGGUCAGUAGUGGAUGAACACUUCUCAAGAGCAUUAAAUCAAGCUAGCAGCUUCAACCCAGAGUCUGUCAUUUCCAAAAGCAAGACAGGGCUAAACCCACUAUGGAGAGAGAGCUCAACAAUAACAAGCCAGAGGAGUGGUUUCCCACCUUCGUUUUGGACCAGUUCUUAUCAAACUCCACCUCCACCAUGUCUGGGUGGAGUUCAUCAUGAUUUCCCAGUUACAGCACCAAGCACCUUCUCAACAGAUUCUAGCAACUGGCCAGGACGUACCCUGCAUCAGACUGCUCCACCACCUCCUCCUAGCAUGUCAGACUCCUGGCAUUAUCCCUUAGCAUCUCAGGUGAGUCCUGCAUAUGGACACAUGCAUGAUGUAUACAUGCAUCACCAUCACCCUCAUGCUCACAUGCAUCACCACCACCCGCCGACUUCACACCUUGACCCAGGGUACAGACCUUUGCUGAUGCCUUCAGUUUGUACAGGCAAGAUUCCUCCACCACAUUGUGAUGCAGCCAAUACAGAUUCUACUGCUGUCACCAGUGCUACCUCAGCAUGGGCAGGAGCUUUUCAUGGAACAGUCGACAUUGUGCCAACCUUUGGGUUUGACACAGUAGGCAUACAGCACCAGGAAAAAAGUAAGGAGACAUCAUGGUUUUGAAGUACAAGUGGAUCUUACUCGUAGCCAGUAUUAAAAGUCUCCACCUUUGUGAAGGGAGUGCUGCAAUUGCUUUUCACCAUUUCUGUACUGUGGCAACAGGCAUUCUGCUAAGCAGAUGGAGAGAUGACCAGCCAUGAUUUUGUGAUUGAGUCUUUACCUCUGAAAGGUCAUUUCUCAUACCCAGGACACUUUUUAAAGCCUUUCUAUUGUAUAUUGUUUGUCUUCUGAGCCUGCAGCAGCAUUUCUGAAGCCUAACUUGUUGUUGCUCCUGUAAC